AUGACGCCGCUCAAGAAAGCCCAGCCUUUCAAGAAGGCUCUGUACUUUUCCGAGCAAGAGUUCCAGGACCGCCGCAACAGAGCGCUGGAGCUCAUGAAGCGGGAGAAUCUGGAUGGCUUCUUGAUGACCAAACAAGAGUCUCUCUACUACUUCACGGGCUACGACACGUUUGGAUAUGUCUUCUUCCAGGCCAUGUACUUCCACAAUGAUGGAUCCAUGCGGCUCAUCACUCGCAUUCCCGACCUUCGACAGGCCCUAUACACAUCAGUGCUUGAGCAACGCGACAUCCUCAUCCGGUCGGACGAUGCAGGAAGCAACCCCGUCUCGUUGGUUCCCACGGUGCUAAAGGAGUUUGGCAUCGACUCGGCCUCCAAGCGCAUCGGCUAUGAGCCGGACUCCUGCUCCCUGACCCAUAGGCUCGGGAAAGCUCUUGAGGCAGCCGUCCAGGGCCUUUGCACGCUCGUCGACCACAGCGACCUCUUCACUCGCGAGCUGCGCAUCGUCAAGUCAGAGGCCGAGAUGCGCAAAGUUCGAAAGGCGGCAUAUCUGGCCGACUUUGCGCUCGUGCGGACGCUGAAGCUGGCCAAACCGGGCGCGUACGAGGGCGAUCUCUGGCGCGAGAUUGUCGGCACGGUCUACGAGGGUGGAGGCGACGAUCCGGCCAACGAAAACAUUCUCGUUUCGGGAAACAAGGCGGUCCUUACUCGAUACUCUACUGGCAAGGACAAGAUUGAGCGCCAACUUACGGCCGAGCACGCCGCCGUGUACAAGCACUACCACGCCUGCCUGAUGAGGACCAUUCCCAUCGGCGGUGUCACGAAGCUGGCUCGGCGAAUGCAUGAGGUCAAUGUCCUGCAGAUGAAGGCGGCUAUGGAGGCCCUUAAACCGGGACGCGAGAUUGGCGAUGUCUUCGAAGCCUACGCUCGUGUCGCCGACGAGAAUGGAUUCCGCGACCAGCGCUUCAACUCGUGCGGCUACAGUCUCGGCGCCACCUUUUCGCCCACAUGGAUGGACUUUCCCAUGUUCGUGCGCGGCCAGAACGUUGUCGCCAAGGCGGGGAUGGUCUUCUUCAUCCACAUCAUCCUCAUGGAUAAGGCGACGGACACGGCCAGCUCCAUCGGCCAGACGGUCGAGGUCACCGAGAAUGGCUGCGUGCCGCUGUCGAAGCUGCCCUUCUGCCUCACCCGAAAGCAGACUCUCGCGGCGUGGAAGAAGAUCCGCAAGGAAGACUAUGGCUUCACCUCCGAGGAGGAGGACGAUGGCGAGAACCUGCAGGACGUCGAACUGUCCGAUGGUGAGGUCGACGCCGAAGACUUUGAAGUCGAGUAUGACUUUAGUGACUACACGCCUGCUGCUGCUCUCGGAGACCCGACGCAGAAGGCAUAG